AUGUCUGGGUUAGAACAAUCACUUUUCCAGCUUAAAUUCACAGCUAAACAGCUUAACAGACAAGCAACAAAAGCUGCGAAAGAAGAGACACAAGAAAAGGCUAAAGUUAAAAAAGCAUUGACUCAAGGCAAUAAUGAUAUAGCCCAGUUAUAUGCACAAAACGCAAUACGAAAAGCUAAUGAAAGAGUCAACUUGUUGAGAUUGAGUUCAAGGAUUGACGCUGUUGCUCUGCGCAUACAAACCGCGGUAACUAUGAGGUCCGUUACUGGUAACAUGACCCAGGUUAUUCGAGGAAUGGAUAAAGCUUUACAAACAAUGAAUUUGGAACGAAUAAGUUUGGUGAUGGAUAAGUUUGAGAGCCAAUUUGAAGACCUAGAUUCAGCAACUAAUUACUAUGAAACUAGUACAAACAACGUUAAUGCAAUGACUACUCCUCAGGAUCAAGUUGACGAAUUAUUGAACCAAGUUGCCGACGAGGCAGGUAUCGAAAUGAAACAAGAUUUGAAUGCUGCUCAGGUUGACAUUAAAAGUCCCGUAUCCGCUACAGCUAUCCUGGAGGAGAAAGAAGACAAAUUGGCCGAGAGAUUGAGAGCUUUGAGAAGUUAG